UAUCUAUCUAACAAAACCACGAAUAUCCUAAACCCUUCUUCGCUCCUCGAAAGACAUUUCUCCCAUCCUGAAACUAGGGUUUUACAGAAAAAACAAUUUCAAUGUCGGUGGCUCUAUGUAGAGCUCUGAUGAUUAAAACAAUCCCAUCAUCUGCAGCCUUAUCUCGAUCUUUGUUGACAUCUUCUUCUAUUCCUGUAUCUCAAGUCCCACUAUCUGUUCGAUGUUUUUCUCAUCUGACUCGUGUUCGUCCUCUUGUUGCAUUUACUGAGUUCAGAAAUCGGUUUCCAUCAACAACACUCGGUGGUUUGAAAUGUUUGUCUACUCGUGCUACAUCAUCUUCUUUGAAUGAUCCACAACCUAACUGGAAUAAUCGUCCACCAAAGGAAACUAUUUUACUCGAUGGUUGUGAUUUUGAACACUGGCUUAUCGUUAUGGAGAAACCUGAAGGUGAUCCUACUAGAGAUGAUAUCAUUGAUAGCUACAUCAAUACUCUAUCUAAAGUUAUAGGAAGUGAAGAUGAAGCAAGGAUGAAAAUAUACUCAGUAUCAACCAGACAUUACUUUGCUUUUGGGGCCCUUGUUUCUGAGGAACUUUCUUACAAGAUCAAGGAAUUGCCUGGAGUGCGCUGGGUUCUUCCUGAUUCUUACUUGAAUGUGAGAGAGAAAGAUUAUGGAGGUGAACCUUUCAUCGAUGGAAAAGCUGUUCCUUAUGAUCCCAAAUACCACGAGGAAUGGGUGAGGAACAAUGCACGAGCAAACGAGAGGUCCAGGCGCAAUGAUAGGCCACGUAACAACGACAGGUCCAGGAACUUUGAGAGGAGGAGAGAAAAUAUGCAAAGCCGCGAUUUCCAGCCAACCCAACCAGGAUCUCCUCCAGGAGGUAUGCCACAUAAUCCCAACAUGCAGAAUCCAGGAGGUAUACCACCUAAUCGCAACAUGCAAAACCCUGGUCAAAACAUGGGAGGUAUGCCACCAAAUAGCAAUAUGCAAAACCCUGGUCAAAACAUGGGAGGCAUGCCACCAAAUGGCAAUAUGCAUCAAAACAUGGGCGGUCCACCUGGUGUACAUAUGCAGCCAAAUGUGGGAGGUAUGCAACAUAAUGCAUAUGCACAGAACAAUAUGGGAGGUAUGCCCCCAAAUGCAAACAUGAGAGGUGCACCAUCACCUAAUGCUGGACAUUAUAAUAACAAUAUGCCGAACAACGGAGGAGGACAGUAUAGAGAUGCUCCACCUCAAGGUGGAGGUGCGCCCUACCAAGGGGGGCCACCUAGAGAUUUCAACCCAAAUGGCAACUAUCAAUAGGGCUUUGAACUGUAGAUAAUUGGUUAAGUACCAAGUUGGGGGUUUGGGGUUAUAGAUCUGUUGCUCUUGCAAAGAAACAGUUGUCGUUUCUCUGCCUGGAUGUUACCCGUUUAGGCUUAAUGUAGGCAGUAUUAACAGUAUGUGUUUGACCUUCAAAUUUGGUGUUACUCCUACAUUUCUACUCUUUUUUAAGAUCGAUUUAUCAGUAGUUCCAAUGUCAUCUUGUUCUGUUGCUCUCUCUA